AUGCUGAAGCCACUUCGGUCGGUGCGGCGUCUACCCCUAGCGGGAGACGCCGCCCUGGUAAGGGCAAGGGGGGCAGGGGCGCUGGAGGAGCUAGCGGGGGCGGUGGAGGCGGCGGUGGAGGCCGCGGAGGGGGUGGGGGUGGUGGUGGGGGUGGUGGCGGGGGUGGAGGUGUCGGUGGCGGCAGUGGAGGCGGCGGUGGCGGUGGGAGCGAAGGUGGCGGAGGUGGCGGCGGUGGAGGAGGCGGCGGCGGAGGAGGUGGAGCUGGUCAGGGUGGCGCUGUGCAGAGGGUGUGUCCCAGCGGCAAGGGCAAAGGGGGCAAGGGUGGUGGCAGUGACGGCGCGGGAGGAGGCGGUGGGGGCGGUGGAGGCAGUGGGGGUGGUGGCUCGACUGGAGGGGCGAGUGGUAGCGGUGGGGGUGGUGGCAGCAGCGGCGGGGGAGGUGGCAGGAGUGGAGGCGGCGGUUGGGUUGGCGGUGGACGAGGCGGCGGCAGGGGUUGGGGUGGUCAAGGAGGUGGCAGCGGUGGUGGUGGCCGUGGAGGCACAGGCGGUGCUGGUGAGGCUGCUGCUCUAG